UUAGAGCAAACCGUCAAAAUGGACAAAUUUUGUGUAAACAUUGCUUAUCGUUGUGUUUUUCAUUGAGAGAAUUAAUAUUAUAUUGAAACAGUAAUUGAAAUUUAUUAGCUCACGAAACCCCGUUAGUUGCAUUUGUAUACCUCAUACCAGUUCAAAGAAAAAACCUUCGAAAUCCAACAACAACAAUCGUGCCCGUCCCUCCAUUCCGGAACAUUGCGCAAAGCGAAAGCUCGCCUUCAACACGAAACUGAUCAACAUCUUCCGCGGGUUCUCAAAACUCAUCCACUGUGUGUAUCACCGCAUCAGGUUUCGUGAGGUGUACGUACAGGUUACCAUUGUAGAACUGCCACGGGACAUCUCGAAGCGAAACGUUUGAAUCCAGCAGCGUAUUUGUGCGGAGUAAAAAUGCCCUGUAUCAUACCAACCUGUAACCAACACGAGGGAACUAUGAUACAGUUCCCCAGCCAUGACACGCUAGCAGAACGAUGGUUCGAAGCUAUUCAGCUCGGAACCGGACUAGGGAUGCAAAUUGAAAUAGAUCCGGCAGGGCUCGAGAUUUGCGAUUCGCACUUCCCGCCUGCGCUAUUCGAAUGUGGUAGCAGUUAUCGAGAGCCAAGCAGAUUCAUGAAUUGUUUUGGACACCAUGUCGAAGUGAGCAGCUGUCGCCUAUGUAUGGCAUUCUACGACAGCAGCGAAAUGAUAUCACCAGAAGCCUAUUUAGAAGGCAAACCAAUCGCUGCCCAUGUUUAUGAGUCACUAAAUAUUAUCCUCCAAAGUAACGGGAUGCUGAAACUGAUUUGCCAGGAAUGUUUCACCCGAAUUGAAAUAAUAAAUACAAUUAAACGGAAAAGCGCAGAAACGGAACUUGCGUAUGAACAGUUAGUUCGAAUUGGACAGGCCAAAGAACAUCAACUUGUGAAGGUCGAAGUGGAUGUAAAAGAAGAAAUGACAUUGGACUACACGGAGAUGUAUGACGAAGAGGAUAGUAUUGAUGAAUGGAAACCGAACGAGUCCGAGUUGUCGCUAGGAGACACUGAAAACAUACCACGUCGGGGCUCGAGACGUGUUAAAACUGACCUCCCUAAGGAAAAUGCUAUUUCACCGAUCAAAAUUAAGGAUCAAGUGAAGAAAACAUGUUACAUUUGUGUCACAGUUUUCGCGGAUGCCAACGAGUUGCUACUGCACUUAACGGAAAAGCAUACUACCAAAACGACAUAUCGAUGCGAGGAAUGCUCGCUGGAUAUUCCCGUCUUGGUAAUGUACAAUCGUCACUUGAGCCGACACAGCGAAACGGAACGACCGCACAAAUGCAAUGAUUGUCCGCUGAGAUUUGCCUCCGCAAACCACUGUAAGAAGCAUGAAAAUAGGGUCCAUGGAGGAAAGCACAAUGUAAAGAUAGCCAAAAAUUCAGAGAUUGAAAUAGUUUGUGAAGUUUGCGGCAAGAAGUUUUCACACCGAGGCAGACUAAACGAUCACAUUCAGAAGGUUCAUCUGAAAGUCGGAAUUCCCAAGUGUAGUAUUUGCGAGCGAACUUUUACCGCCAAAUUCAGCCUUGAGCGACACAUGCUUCUGCACACUAGCGAAAACCCCUACACUUGCGAUCAGUGCGGUGUAAGUUUUCGACGUUUACUUGAUAUGCGACAUCAUAAGAGUAUCGUCCACGAACGUAGAAAUCCUCACGUUUGCACGGAAUGUAAUGAAGAAUUCAAAAGCUACCAAGCGUUAUAUUUUCACCGGCAGCGCGUUCACUUAAAACUCACGAAGAAUUACGUUCCGAAACCACACAUUGAACUGAUAGAAAUUUGCAAACUCUGCCAAAAGCAGGUAGCAACGUGCAGCGAAUUAAUCAAACACAUUGAGCAGACUCACGAAAAUGAAGAGUACCCUAUGAUCAAGUGCGCUGUUUGUCCUAAAACCUUUUACAACACGAAUCGGCUAUCGCAGCACAAAUCUAUCCAUACGGACAAAUUUGCCUGUGCGGUGUGCGGUGCCCGUCAUACCAACAGUCAACGGUUACAGUUCCACAUGGAAGCGAAGCAUCCGGAUGGUCGUACAUUCGAUUGUCCGACCUGUGGAAAUACAUACACUACCUCGCGUCGUCUAGCAGUACACGUCGCUAUACAUAACAAGGAGAAGAAUCUACAGUGUGAGUUCUGUCCGAAAGUUUUUCGGCGAAAGUGUCAGCUGAACAUUCACAGACGUAUACACACCGGGGAAAAACCAUUCGAGUGCGUUGGCUGUCUGAAGCGUUUCGGCGACGAUGGGACAUUUUGCAACCACAAAAAGCGGUGCAAAGCGUUUAAAGCUAAGAGCGAGCAUAUGGACGAUAGUGCGAACGAGGAGAAUUAAGGGUGGCAAAGCAAAGCCAUCCUGGAUGCCAAGGAUGGGAUGUGAAAGCUAUCAGAAUAGAAUACGAUGAGGUCCCAUAUAAAUGGGUUUGUGUGGCUCGCAAAUAAACUAUUCAAUAAGAGAUUA